AUUACUUAGCGUGCCUAUUUCCUGGCCUACAGUACUAACCUAAGUCCCAGUUGGGAAGCCUAGCCGAAACCGCAAUUACCCCAAUAUUCAAAAACUCCAAAUUUCGAUGUUGUCGUCGAUUCAUUUUUCGAGUUUGCUGUAGGCACAGUUCACGACAAGUGCUUUCCGAGGUUGCAAGUGAUCCUCUCUCACUAUGUUGAUGUGAGCGCGACUACUGACUUCAGACUCAAAACCAUUUCAUGCAUCGGAAUGCAGGAGACUCAGAUGAGGAAGGCGAGUCACGAACAGCCUCAGUCGGCCUGAGACGCACUCGCGCCAACAGACAAGGUCAAGUCGAUGAUUCUUCACUUGUGACUCUCUUCCCACCUCAAUUUCAGAGUUCUACCGCAGUGAUGGGAAAUUCUGCCUCCCAAGCAGUUGCGAACUCCGACUCUCUAAACCAAACACAGGACUCUACCUCUGCCGUUCCUUCCACACUGGCUGGCACGAUGCCGCCUCAUCCCUCACCUGGAUUUGGCAAGAAUCGCCUCGCGGUUGGCUUUCGUAAACCAACGGUUCCCAUCAUCCAGGACUCCACUGCGAAUGACUCCUCGAAUUCUGCGACUGGUGCAAGCCCUGGGGUAUCGGCUGACGAUGCUAUCGAGAUCUCCAGCGAUGAGGAGGACGACUCUUCAGAAGGAGGAGGAAUGGUCAUAAAUCUUGAGCAUGAUACACCAGAGGCUGGUGACGAGAUCAUGGCAAUUGACACCGACGAGGAAGAGCAUCUUAGGGUGGUCAGCCAUGCGACAAAAACAUCAUCACAAAACCAGGACGUCAAGCAACUUUCAAGUUCACCGGACGAUGCUGUUGAAAUGCAGUUGCAGGCUGAGAUCAAUCAGUCUGCCACCGGGCGUUCCAAUCCGUUCGCAGCAAUUGAAAGUCCUGACUCACACCCUGUCCCACGCCUUGCGGACUUGAAACCGGAUGAGCUGGAACUUCAACUGAAGUAUGCUUUCUUCGACGUCAAGAGUGACCAGGUCGACUUGACUUGGCCCGCCAUCUGUCUGGCUUGCUUGAAGCCCGGCCAUUCCGAGGGAGCCUGCCCCGAGGAACAUUGCGUCCAUUGUGCAGCAGUCGGUCAGCAUCCAGGCCGGCUUUGUCCUCUGAUCGGGCGAUGCUCGAGAUGCCGUGAGAAGGGACACACAACAGAUUUCUGUAACGCAGAUCUCAAAGUCACAACCGUUCCUUGUGACCUAUGUGGUGGUUUGAACCAUGUCGAAAGAUCCUGCCCUAGCCGUUUCUUCCCCGCCAACACUGAGAUUCUUGCCGGCUCUCACGAGUUUUGGAUUUCUUGUUGCGUUUGCGCAAGUAAAUCUCAUCUUGUGGGCGACUGCCCCGAUACGAACACAAUCGCAAGGGCUAGAUGGUCUUUAAGAUCAUUCGCACCAGGACAGGUCACCAAUCUGAGUCUUGAAGCUGGCACUAAGCAACGUGAGCAGCAGGCUGCAAACCGUGGAAUGCGUCCAGAAGGUAUGCGCAUUAGGGGCCGCGCAGGCCUUCACAACGCCGGAAAUCCUCGUUCGGAUCAGCCAUCGGAUGAAGACAACGAGAACACGUUCUUUGGACCUCGAGUCACGAACCGUGGCAAUGACAGUCGAGGUAACUUCACAUUCCGACAACCUCACACUCUACCUGAUCGUCCCCCUAUUGCCUCCCAUGGUGAUCGGUACGACCGUUACGACGCUCCCUCGGAUACGCGCUCAGCCCAAGGUCGGCCCCGGAAUGAUUGGUAUGCUACGGACUCCUUUGGUCGUCGAAGAUCGAGAUCUCCAGGUCGAUCCGAUGAGAACAGAGAUGUCCGUCAGCGUUCGCCCGGUCCAUCACCGUACAGCAGUCGCCCCUCCGCAAAUGGCAGGACCGUCGACGUUUCAAGAGGCCCCCAACGCGGAGGCGGGAACGACCGCCCUCCUCAAGGUGUUUCCAUCCAGCUACCCCUAAGACGCGGAUCGAACCCGAUUUCGAACCAACACGCUAUGUCAGAUCAGGCCCCGAUCUCAGGUCAGCCGGCUCAGCAGCCCAAAGCGGUCGCGGGUAAGGGCAGAAGGCCUAGGCAGAAAAAGUCCAAGAAGAACGGGGCCAAUGCUCAAAGACAAGCGUGAGGAAUAAAAAGAAUGGACACCUUUUCUGCACUGAUCAAGCUAACCAUCAACACAAGUAACGCAAGCGACUCAAGCGACUCCGAUGCUCCUGUCGAUAUGACCAAAUACGAUGGACCAGCAACUCGUACAAGAUCGGGACGUCAACGAUCAGAUGUUCAAACCCGCGCAGAUGAUAAGCUGCGAAGGCCACGUGCGCCCGCAAAUGCUGUGAGUAAGUUCGUGGAUUCGGUCAAUGCCAAAAGACAUCAAGAGGGUCUAGAAGGCAUUCAGGUCAUAUUCAAGCGCAAGGCUCCAGGGUGAGUUUGUCUCCAGGAGCAAUUUGAUUUUCGCCUGUACUUAUUACUCCAGGUUUUUCUUCACGACAAUGGAUAAGCGACACAAUACCUAUGCUUGCGAGGAUCAAAAUCUAGUCAUUUGGAAAUGGUUAGAAGCAGUCAAGUCGUAUAGUGCAGCGUUGGAUCAGCACUGGGAGACAUA